CCCUGAAAGAUCAGACCAUUUAUCAAAGAGUAUAUAACCUUCUCUUUGCCUCUCGCCGGCGUCCCAUUACAGAGCUCACCGUCCUUCCACCGCAGAGAUAACAGGGAUUUUUGGUCCUAUAUUUGCCGGUCGCCACCAUGGGUCGUAUGCACAGCAAGGGCAAGGGCAUGUCCGCUUCGGCUCCGCCGUACAAGAGGACUCCUCCCAGUUGGCUCAAGAUCUCAUCUCAAGAAGUGGAAGAUAGUAUCUGCAAGUUUGCAAAGAGAGGUAUGACUCCUUCUCAGAUUGGUGUAAUAUUGCGUGAUUCCCAUGGAAUUGCUCAGGUGAAGAGUGUCACUGGCAGCAAGAUUCUCCGCAUCCUCAAGGGACAUGGUCUUGCCCCUGAGAUCCCUGAAGAUCUUUACCAUUUGAUCAAGAAGGCAGUUGCGAUCAGGAAGCACUUGGAGAGGAACAGGAAGGACAAGGACUCCAAGUUCCGCCUGAUUUUAGUGGAGAGUAGGAUUCAUCGUCUUGCUCGUUACUACAAGAAGACCAAGAAGCUCCCUCCCGUGUGGAAGUACGAGUCCACCACAGCCAGCACCCUUGUGGCUUAAGGCUCUCCUCAUUUAACGCCGCAAUGGAUUAGUUUCUGAAUAUUAAUCAAAGAUUCUCCGUUUUGUUGUCGAACCCAGUUUUGUCAUCUUGAUACAAUUUUUGUUUGGCAAUUAUCAUGGAAAUGUGACUUCCAGGUGUGUAAUUCUUCCUUUUUUUGGUGAUUUUCAUGAACCGUAGCUGAUCUUCUAUUCACUCUCAACCCGUGAUUUGCGAUGCAUGAUUUUUUAUAUGCCUCUGGUCUUAACAUUUG